AUGGACUUUAUCAAAAUUGCAAAAGUCCCGGACGUUAUCUGUACUCGGCUGGGGAACAGCUCCAUCGGUACUCUUCAUCUCACUACCCACCACGUCAUCUUUCGCGAUAACGAAUCCAAACGAGAGCUUUGGAUCUGCUACCCGAUAAUCUCCCACGUUGAGCGCCGAUACUGCAACUCUCCAGCUCCAGCUCCAGUUCCAGAAUAUGCGCUUUCAUCAAUCUCAAAUAACAAUGCUGCAACGACAGAAAUAUCUUCAAAUCCAUAUGAAAACAGCAAACAGCAACACGCGGGGCCUACAACAACAACAACAACAAUCGUAAAAAUCCCAAAAAUCACCCAUCAUACUCCAAAUACCCUUCGCAUUCGAUGUAAAGACUUUACAUACAUUGCAUUUUCCUUUACCACCGACGCGGCCGCAAAAGAUACCUUUGACAGUCUGCUCCGUCUCACUUGUGUUUCGGAUGUGUCACGCCUUUACGCAUUUAUCUACAAACCUGUUUCUCACGAGCGCUCAUUUAAUGGAUGGACUCUUUACAAUCCUCUUCAAGAGUUCCGCCGCAUGGGUGCUCUCCCCCCAGCCAAUGCCCCCCAUCAAUCGAAUGGCGAUUCCCUUGUGGCCCAGAGCAACUGGCGCUUGACCAAUAUUAAUGCUGACUACAAAUUGUCACCAACAUACCCCGCUGUUCUUGUUAUUCCAGCAUGCAUUUCGGAUUCUGUCUUGUCAUACGGCGCCAAGUUUCGAUCUAAAGCGCGUGUCCCAGCUCUCACUUACUAUCAUGCAUUUAACGGGUGCACCAUCACGCGGUGCUCUCAACCCAUGGUGGGCUUCAAACAGAGCCGAUCAGCUCAAGAUGAAAAGAUUGCAGCAGCGAUUUUUGCCUCUAACCAGCCAGUAAAUAGUCCUUUGCCAAAUGGCCAGAGAAAUAAAGAUUUUACAGCUAUCACUCCAGGAAACAAACAGGAUAACUUGAUUGUAGAUGCCAGACCAACUGCCAACGCCAUGGCACAAACAGCUUUGGGGGCUGGGUCAGAGAAUAUGGAAAACUACAAGGGAGCACGAAAGGUAUAUCUUGGCAUUGAUAAUAUCCACGUCAUGCGUGAUUCACUCAACCGGAUGGUUGAAGCGCUCAAGGAAGGUGAUUUGAGUUCGCGGCCGCCAUCCAAAGAAGCUCUUUACAAGUCUAAUUGGCUGCGAUACAUUUCUACCAUUAUGGAUGGUGCGGUAACUGUUGCGCAGCAGGUUCAUGUUGCCUUUUCGCAUGUUAUAAUUCACUGUUCUGACGGCUGGGAUCGGACGGCACAGUUAGCAGGACUUGCAGAGAUUAUGCUUGAUCCAUAUUACCGGACUUUGGAUGGGUUUAUGGUUCUUGUGGAAAAGGAAUGGUUGUCUUUUGGACAUCGGUUUGCAGAGCGAUCUGGCCAUCUCAACUCAGAGCGCAAUUUUGUGGAGACGCAGGUGGGGUCACGGGGGUCAAGUGACUAUUAUGGGAAUGUUAGUGGUGGGGCCAAUGGAAUCAAUGGAAAUAGCAAUGGAGGCAGUAAUGGGUACGCACAAGCACAUCAAGUUUUGCGGGAAGUGGGGAGUAAGUUUGUCAAGUCGACCAUGAGUCUUGGUAGUGGUGGAGUUGGUGGUGGCGGCAACAGCAUGAAGUACACGUCUCCAGUAUUUCAUCAGUUUUUGGACGCGGUUUAUCAAAUGGUUGUACAGUUCCCUGAACGGUUUGAGUUUGGGGAGCGGUUCCUGCGGCGGCUACUGUAUCACACAUACAGCUGUCAGUACGGGACGUUUUUGUAUAACAAUGAAGCAGAGCGCAAGGCAGCAGGAGUUGAGCAGAAAACACGGUCUGUAUGGGACUACUUUUUGGCGCGGAGGCAUGAGUUUGUGAGCAAAGGCACUGGGUAUGAUCGUACUAGAGAGUUUGCGUAUGAUGCAGAUAAGAUGGUUCUUGUGCCAAAUACUCGUGGACUCAAAUACUGGGCUGAAUUGUUUGGUCGCACAUCUGAAGAGAUGAAUUCACGGCCGCGAGAAAAGGAGGGGUUGAUAGAACAGACAUCAACUACAAUUGAUGGACAGCAACAGGAUAAUAAAGCCGCGGGUCUUUUAUCAUCUACGUCAUUUCCCUCGUCAUCGUCAUUAUCAUUAUCAUUAACAUCGUCAUCGCCAUCGUCAUCAUCACCAUCACCAUUACCAUCAUCAUUAUCAUCACCUGCAACUGUUGCAGCUUCUGCAAUUGCAUCUAUUUUCAACAACAUCACGUCUUCGUCGUCCUCCGAAUUUCCAGGUGCAGGAACAGGCACAUCUUCUCCGCUGUCACAGUCUUCUAGUUCGAUUGAAAAGGAUGAGAAGCUGCAGCAUAAUCCAAAGCAAGUUGGAGAGUUGCCUGCAUCAUCGUUAUCAUUAUCGUCGUCGUUGUCGUCGUCAUCGUCGUCGUCCACUGCUCCUUCUUUAACUUCUGCUGCGUCAUCUUCUUACUACUCUGUAAGCGCAGGGGGUCUUGUGUCAUUGAGUACGACAGCCGCAGCAACAGAGAAUGACGAUGGUAGUAUUCCUACUACAACAACCACGGCAACCACAGCUUCAGCCUCAGCUUCAGCCUCAGCCUUUGAGGCUAAUGUUGAUCCAUUAGGAAACGAGCCUGUUGCUGAUAUUGAAACUACAAGUGGUGGGUCAGGAGGGUCAUUGAUGGGGACAUCUGCCAGUUCAUUGACACCCACCCGUUUACAGUUUGCAUCUGUAAGGGUAUCACAACGAUUAUCUCGUGGAGCCUCGUCAUCUUCACGGACCCCAAGUCACCAUACUGAGCCUUUACAUUUCCCUGCAACCUCGUUUUCACGGCCGCAUACCCCUGUUAGACAUGGCAACGAGGGCGUGCGACGACGGAGCGGGAGCAGUGGUCGAACGCCUGGACUUGUGGAAACAGAAGAUGAAACAAACGGAAGUAGCAAUGAAGUUGGUGUAAGCACUAGUACUAGUACUAGUUCUAGUUCUAGUUCUAGUUCUAGUACUAGACACAGUGUUAAGGUUGGAGCUACAUUAGAGCCACUUGAAAGAGUAGGCAACAGAUCUGAGACUUUGAGGGAAGUUGGUUCUGCGUCAGGGGGUGAGGAUGGUGAAAUUAGUAAAGAAGUUGACCAUACUAGUUUUACCAGUGACACAAAUUUGACGGCAGAGACUAGAUUUGGUAAGAAUGGUAAGAAUGGUAAGAAUGGUAAGAAUGGUAAGAGGGAUGCAGACCCCCUGAAAAACGUAAAGACUCCUGAAAAGGUCGAUGAAGAAAGACUUGAUCCCAAGGUAUUUACUGAGUUUGGAGCCAUGUCGAUGAUGGAUUAUGAUGAUACUGGGGAUACAUCUUCACAUAAAUCUGCGGCUGCUAAACUUCGGGGUAAGUUGGGAUUAUUUUAA